AUGUUGAUGAAACCAAAACCCAACUCCAACUUCUCAAUCUUCCCUUUCCUCCUCUUGCUCCUCUGUUUCUUAAUAGUCGUUGUCCGAUCCUCUGAUGUCGCCGUCGAAGGCGGAUCCGAUGAAGAAUUAGACGAUCUGGAGCAGCUACUUGCGGUGGACGAACAAUUGCAGGAAGACCGCCCGGAUCAACAAUCGGAAGCGGAGACGGUGAGCAAGGCGCAGAGGAUCGUUCUGGAGCUCAACGGAGACAACACGAAGCGGUUGAUCGACGGGAACGAGUUCGUGAUGGUCCUGGGUUACGCGCCGUGGUGCGCGAGGAGCGCGGAGUUAAUGCCGCGAUUUGCGGAGGCGGCGACGGAUUUGAAGGAGAUGGGUAGUCCGGUUCUGAUGGCUAAGAUCGACGGCGAGAGGUAUUCGAAAGUCGCGUCUCAGCUCGAGAUUAAGGGUUUCCCUACGCUUCUUCUCUUCCUCAAUGGCACAUCUCAGCCUUACACUGGUGGAUUUUCCUCAGAGGAUAUAGUGAUAUGGGUGCAGAAGAAGACUGGUGCGUCAACUAUGAUACUUAAUACAGUUGAUGAAGCUCAAAGAUUUCUGAAGAAGCAUCAUACUUUCGUUGUCGGUCUAUUCGAGAAGUCUGAGGAUUCUCCUGGACAUGAUGAAUUUGUGAAAGCUGCGUCAUUAGACAACGAAAUCCAGUUUGUAGAAACACGCAGCAGUGUUGUCGCUAAACUUCUCUUCCCUGACCUUAAAACCAACAAUGUGUUUGUUGGAAUGGUUAAAAGUGAGGCGGAAAGGUACACUGCGUACGAUGGACCUUGGCAAGCGGAGAAGAUAUUGGAGUUUCUGAACAGUAAUAAAUUCCCGUUGAUUACAAAAUUGACUGAAUCCAACACCGUUCGUGUUUACGCCAGUCCAGUCAAGCUUCAGGUUAUGGUCUUUUCGAAGACUGAUGACUUUGAAACUCUUGCUCAGCCUCUAGAAGAUAUUGCAAGACAGUUCAAAUCAAAGCUUAUGUUUAUAUAUAUCGACAUAUCAAAUGAAAACCUCGCAAUGCCAUUCUUGACCUUAUUCGGGAUAGAAGACGCAAAGAAAACUGUUGUUGCUGCUUUCAACAACAACCUGAACUCCAAGUUUUUGCUCGAGUCAGAUCCAUCCGCUAGCAAUAUAGAAGAAUUUUGUUCAGGACUUGCGCAUGGAACCGUUUCACCUUACUAUAAGUCAGAGCCAAUUCCAGAUAAUCAAAAUGGAAGCGUAGUGGCUGUGGUCGGUAGGACUUUUGACGAACUGGUAUUGAAGAGCCGCGAUAAUGUUUUUCUUGAGGUGCACACACCAUGGUGCCUUACCUGUGAGGGUCUGAGUAAACAGGUUGAGAAGUUGUCGAAACACUUUAAAGGGUUUGAGAAUCUUGUCUUUGCAAGGAUAGACGCAUCUGCAAACGAGCAUCCUAAGCUGAAGGUUGAUGAUUACCCGACAAUCUUGCUUUACAAAACUGGUGAAAAGGAGAAACCGUUAAAGGUGUCGACGAAAUCCAGUGCAAAGGAAAUGGCCGUUUUUAUCAACAAAGAGUUGAAACCGAAGGAUCGGUCUGCUAAAGAUGAGUUAUAG